GAACCUGCAGCGGGACACGCUCCCCGGUACCGGCCUCGCCUGCGCCCCCUCCCCGCCUCCUGCUCCCGGUGUCCUGCGGUACUCUCCGUCCUCCUGCUCCGCACCGACCGGAACUCAGACCGGAACUCCUCCAGGCAGCAUGUCGGCCGUGCAGCGGAUGAAGGUGGCGAACGAGCGGCACAGCAAGACGAUCACACAGCGGGGACACGUCCAGAAGACCACGCGGCCGGUAAAUGAUGACAAGUCUCCGGUGGGUCCGUGGCUUCUCGCCCUCUUCGUCUUCGUGGUUUGUGGAUCCGCCAUUUUUCAGAUCAUCCAAAGCAUCAGGCAGGGCAUGUGAUGACCCUUGACCCCGGAGCCGAGCCGUCACAUGGAAGAGGAGGGGGACACGUCACCGUCAUGACGACAGACACACAAACACACACACAAACAAACAAACACACACACGUUCCUGUGGAGUUUUUUUUUAAAGCUGAUCUUUUUUUCUUCCCACAGUAAACCCAUCUCUCUCUCUCUCUCUUAUUUUGUACUUCUCUGUGUAAAAAGCUGAUCAGAUAUUGUUUAUGAAUUGGUUGAUUGGUUGCUGAAGUCAGCUGACGGAGGCUGAGCUGAGUAUCUCUGAUUUAAAGGAACAAGCCGCUGAUUCUUAACAGUCACGUGACCUGAUGUCAGGUCAUGUGACAUCUUUCCACCGUCAGUCACGUGCACAGCUCCGAUCUGUCCGUCCUGCAAAAGUCACAUGAUCUCAGCACUGCUCUCUACUUGGAGGCUUUUAAUGUGAAAAACCAGCAGGAAGUGUUUUGUGUUUGACAAGAUGUAUCCGAGCUGUGGACAAUGUUUUUAAAUCAGACCUGGAUGCCUGAGCUCCAGGUAACCAUGGGAACAGGAUCCAGACUUUUAUUCUGACCAAUCAGACAACACAGGAUCAGUGAGACGACUUUAACUUCACUUCUGUAAAGAUUUCAUAUUAAAAGCCUGAGAAUCGGGCGUACGGCUCGGAUCAGGGAUAACUGGUGUUAGUCUGUGUGCGCGUCACGACGAGUUGGACUGAAACCACGUUUAUCUGUUCAGCUUCUCACGAUGAGUUCAGGGAUUUAUCUGAUUUAAGUGACAUCUGCAGAACAGGAAGUCCGAACACGAAUCACAUUCACAGGUUUAAAGAGAAAAGCAGCUGAACUGAAGAAUCAGCUGUUUGCUCCUUUUGAAUCAGGAAGGAAAGAAACUCCUGAGUCUGUUUGUAAAUAAUUAACAGCUGAUAGAAGCAGCUUCUUCCACCUGGCGACACAGCCCAGCGCCCCCUGCUGGACCACCUGCUCCACUUUUAUACGAAAUAAACCUCAGAUAUUUUCUCUAAA